AUAUAUAUAUAUAUAUAUAUAUAUAUAUAUAUAUAUAUAUAUAUCUAUGCUGAAGGAUCAGACGAGCAGUUGGACUAAGAUGGACCUGGACCCGAGCCGGGCCAGUCUUCUUCAGACCAUUUCUGUCACCAUGUUGGUGUCAACAUGUCGGCGUGCAACCCAGAUGCUGUAGAAGAACCUCCUGGUUCCGGUUCUCCUGGUCUCAGUCGCCCCCCCCUGGCAGCGAAGGCCCUGUCGGAGGCCUUUGCCCGGCUGAGGUACCGGGACACGUCCCUGCUGGUCUGGCAGCAGCAGCAGCAGGACAUGCAGGCCGCCUCACCCCCCACCUACCUGAGCCGCAGCCAGUCGGCCUGGUACAGCAGCUUUGGGAACCAGGCCGUGCUGGUCCGGGACAAGAAGGGUCUGGAGGAUGCGGACGGGCGGUCCAGGAUCUGCAGCAUCAUGUAGACCGGAACCAGGAACCUGAGCAGACUGGUUUCACUCCAAUCUGGCGUGAUGAUAUUUAAACAUCAACAGUAAAGUUCUGGUCUUGGAGGACCUCGGUCUGAGACCAGAUAGAAGAAGACACUUAGAGCCGGUGGGCAACGUAUGAUCUGAAAAGACCAGGUCCUGAACUACAAGUCCACCAGACCAGCUUAUCUCCUGGUAGUCUGAACUGAACCAGAUUCUGGUUCAGAGUUUACUCAUCCUGUUAGGAGACCUGCACAUAAAGGGGCGGAGUCUACAGCAUCUGACCAAUCAGACGAGGACGAGUCAGCUGUCAGAUUCACACUGACGUUUAUGAACGAUGGUACAAGUUGAGUAUUAGUACGUGAUCCAUUCAGGUCUCCAUGACGACGUCGUUUACAUUCAAACGAAUAAAAGCAAUUAAAAGUUG